GGGAAUGGUGUGGUGUGUGUGAAGUGAAGUGAAAAGCAUCAAACAAAGGAGGUGGGCCUCCUCCCACACCAUCCUAACUAUUGAGACAAAAAUGCAUCCCCCCACCCUCCUUCCUUAAGCAGUUCGGCCAGCCCACCCCCAAUCAAGAGGAAAGGACUCCACAUCCAUCAUUCUCCAUAGCAAGGCAAGCCAAGCAAGGGGGAGCUCAAGGAAGGGGUUUGAGUUGUUGAAAGUGUAGAAAAGCUUGAGGAAUUAAGGUGAUGACUUCAUUAACCUUUUCUUCUCCUUUCUUGGACAACUUAUUAAUUAAGGAGGUCAUGAAGGACCCUAAAAUUUCUAUACAUAUUAAAGGUGUAGAAAGAGGGGUUGAAAGAUGGCUCUAAGUCCAAGAACGGACUCAGAGGCCGAAGAGACCGGUUUACCGGAAAAUAACCUUUUGGAGGUUAUUUGUAUUGAUAUGGGUUUUGUGAUGAUAAAACCUUGUUAGACACUUGUCAAGGGUGAUUUAAGAACUUUCACAAAGUUGAAGGAGUCACCGGAGUUAUCGCCGGAAUUCAUCAAAGUUCGCCGGAGUUUCAUCGGAGUCCAACCGAGAAGGGUAGAACUUCGUAACGCUCAUUCGAGGUUGAAGCUAAGGCUAGCUAUCCACACUUUGCUCGGUGAAGUAUUCCAAAGGAAGACGUGGUUCGUGCCUCCUUUAUUGUUUUAAACUACAAACUUGCUCAUGGAUACUUUGUAAUAAAUACAUUUGUUUUGGGCCUGCGUGCCUACGUUUUGGCCAUGUGUGGCCCAUGAUUGAAUAUUGAAUAUUUCCGCUAUUCAUUCAAUCCCAAGAUGUGAUGUUGUUAUGUAUGUUUACUGUUGGGAUAUUGGGUCCAGGCCCAAUAUCCCUAGGCCCAAAUCCGGGAAGAAGCGGCAAGCCCAAAGAACUCCCGAACGGCAUUCGGGAUAAAACUUAUACUUGGAACAUUCUGGGUAACGAUUAUGCCAAGGUAUCAAGGCCCAAAUAUCGAUCGGCGUUCGGGAUACUUCAGGUAGAAAUUAUCACCUAUGACGGGGUCCCACACACCGAACCCCUUGACCGAACGGGCAAUCAACAAGUGGAGGCCGCAUUUAAUGCUAGAUCAUGGCGGCAGCAAGUGGGGGCAUGGGUGCUUACAUGGCAGAGGUGAUAGCCUACCAGAUUCGACCACGUGUCCACCUUACCCAUCCCCAUUUUAGUAUAAAUAUCCAUGUUUAGAUCAUUGUAAGGGGGUUAGCAUUUUAAUACUCAGAGCUUAGCAAUAGAUUUACAUCUCCUAUCCUUGUAAUCUCAUAUUCAUCUACCGUUCGGGUAGUCUCAGUGUAAUCACAUAUUUAUUGAAUAUCG